AUGGCCAAUCCCAGGAGACAAGGCUGUUUUUGCUGCCGCAAACGCAAGAUUAAGUGCGACCUUUCAAAGCCUACCUGCAGCAAUUGCUUGCGGUCGUCUUAUGAGUGCGUCUACGGGGUACAGGCUAUCCCAAAAGAUUUCAAGCUUCGCAAAUUGGCCAAAAAACCAAUUCGGUUUGUGGACCCCAAUUCCAUCAAUUUUCGCAAGCCCGUCAUAUUACUCACCGAGCCCGCUACCCUAGAGCUCGAAUCAACCAAGGAAGCCAGGGAAGAUGCAUUGUAUAGAAAAUAUCUUGAAACUUUGGGGUGGCAUCUCGGUGGAUGGUCCUCAUGGAUGUUAGGGGUCGAUUUCUCCGCUAAUGAUGCACUUUUAUACGAUGCCUUUGUAAAAGGGUUCAUGGUUGCCAUAUCGCCCCAACUGGCUCACGAGAGCUUGCAGCCUUCAUCGGUCGUUAUUCCUCGCGGCCUUCACAAUCCGACCUUGAGACACGUUUUCUAUGCCUGUGGUGCCACAUACCUGUCGUGGAAGCGGCCUGAAUACCGUGAGUUUGCUGAGCAGAAAUUCCUGCAGUGUAUGAAAGAAAUGCAAUGGUUUUUAAACCAGAAUUCUUUGGUCGGUAACGAGGACUGGCUGCUUAUUUGCAUGGUCACUUUAUGUCUUCGCGAGAAGUAUCAAUGUGAAAACACAGCCAGAAACGCUUUUUUCCUGAUAGCCUCUUUGCAAAUCAUAGAAUGCUGGCUGCUCAACAAGAGUUUGCCUUUUGAGUCUUUUAAUCAAUUACUGGACGCUUUGGUCCUCAACAAGACAAAUUUCAAAAUGCUUCCCAUGGUUAGAACAGAUCCUGAAAUCAACGAUGCUACUUACUGGACAGACGAGCUUUCAUAUAUGCUUCGCGAAGGUGAUGUCACUAAUCUAGAAAGGACUAUCCUGGAGAGCUUCUUGUAUAAUUACUCGGUUACAUUGUUUGCAUGUGAGGCUUCAGUUGUUGACUAUAUCAAAUCACCUUUCCAAGUCUAUGCCGAGCUCAAACCGUAUCUUUUGCCUCCACUAUAUCAUUGUCCUGCUUGGUGGAUGAACAAUCCGAUUAUGGGUGCAGCGCUAUCUGCAUUCGAGCUCGCAGCAAAAACAAAUUGGCUAUCGCUGUUUUUCCCCUUAAAUGCCAAGAAUAAAAUGGUUGCAGAAAAACUACUGACCUUGUCGAAAUACUACCUCCCUCCAGUACUUCCGGAAAACGUAAGGUUUCAUGAAUCUGACUUUGUUCAAAGGCGGCUGAUGGAGAGUUGUUUGAUAGGCAAUAUCGUGGCAAAGGCUUGCACCAUCUUGUUAUCCAAGUUGCUCAACCCAAGAUUACAACCUGAUGCCCCUGAAAUACAGGAGGAGAUCGACAUAUUUUUUUCAAAUUUACGCAAACUGAGUCCACAUGCUCAAUCAUCUGGACUGUGCUCGUGGCCUUUCGCUGUUGCAGGUUCUGCAGUAAUAAAGGAAGACCAAAGACUCUACUUGAUAGAGCGGAUAAGGACUUUUGGGGUCAUGAAGAAAUCUAGUGGUCUGAUGAGUGUCAUGCGCUUUUUGUUCACUACCUGGGGCAGUGACACUGACCCUGGCCCAGGAUGGGAUGUCCUCCUCGAUAAGGAAUACCUUCGAAAUACAUUUCUUUAG